GAAAGAAGUAAAGAAAAAUUUCUACUCUCUAUUCUCCAAGAUAGUCCCUUUAAAUUCAUUCUUGUAUUUUCACCAAAUUCAUUGCUCUGGUGUGAAAUGCGGAGGUUUGGUAAGGACUUGACCAUAUAUGUCAAUGUCAACGUCAACCUACCCCAUGUGUGCUUCUUAGCUGUAGGAAAAAACAAUUAGAACAAUGCUUGCAAACAUGUCAAAACUCUUGAGUCUUUGUGGAAAAUGAAAACUUGCUUUUUUUACUUUGAAUUGAUUGAGAAGCAAAAUGGAUCUCUUUUCCUGCAAUGGAUCACAUAUACAUGUGUAGCAAAUCAUCAUCCCAUUGAAUCCCAACACCCUUUACAAUCAUGGACAAGAAAAGCAUCCUUUUUCAACUAGCUUUUCUUCAAUUCUUAUCUGGGUUUCUAACUUUUAACUCCAUGAAUGUUCAAAUUCGUUGCCUCCAGAUUGAGAGGAAAGUGCUUCUUGAUUUCAAACAAGGUCUCACAGAUCCCUCUGGUAGGCUUUCUUCUUGGGUAGGUGAAGAAUGCUGCCAAUGGGAUGGGUUGACUUGCAAUAAUCUUACAGGACAUGUCAUAAAGCUUGAUCUUCGGAACCCAUUUCAAAGUGAUGAAGCAGGUCAUCAAGAAUCAGCUCUGAGAGGGCAGAAUAGGUUCUGGGGUUCAUUGCCUGAGACUAUUGGAAGUUUGUCAUCCUUGGAAGCCAUAAGCAUGUUUGGCAAUCCAACAAAUGGUAGCAUUCCAGAAAGCAUGGGACAACUUUCCAAGCUGAUUGUUAUGAAUUUUGGACAAACACUUUGGAAGGGUACCAUUUCAGAAAGGCAUUUCCUGAAUCUUACACGAUUAGAAAAUUUAGAAAUAUCAUCAACGUCUCUCAAGAAAUCAUUGAACUUUAAUGUGGGUAGCCAGUGGAACCCUCCUUUUAAACUUAAAUCCAUCAUACUUGCACACAUCCAAGCAGGUCCCAUGUUUCCUGAGUGGGUUCAAACUCAAAAUGAUUUAACCAGACUAUUCCUCAAUGAUAUUGAGAUUUCCAGCACUUUACCAGAUUGGUUUUGGAGUUGGUGUUCACAGCACAUUGAUGACCUGGAUCUUGCACAUAAUCAAAUAAGGGGAACAUUGCCCAGAUCGUUGCAUUUUCAUUAUGAAGCAAAUGUAUAUUUGAUUUCCAACCAGUUCAGGGGCCCUCUGCCAAUGUGGUCUAACGUGCGCCGCCUUUAUCUUUGGGGAAAUUCUUUUUCGGGUCUAAUUCCUGAAAACAUCAGUGAGAUCAUGCCAAAGCUACGGGAUUUAGAUCUUUCAGAAAACUGUCUCAGUGGUGGCAUUCCCCCUUCCAUUGUCAACCUGAGGCAUUUGAACACACUUGUUCUUUCAUUCAAUCAUUUAUCUGGAGAACUUCCUGCGGACUGGAGUCAACUUCAACACCUGCAAGUUCUAGAUGUAUCUAACAAUAAUCUCUCUGGUACCAUUCCCAGUUCAAUAGGUUUUCUUCAUUCACUCCAACUGCUAAGCUUGAGCAACAACAAAUUUACAGGCAAAAUCCCAUUAUCCUUGCAAAAUUGUACAGGACUCUGGAACUUUGAUCUUAGUGAAAACAGAUUGUCUGGAAGCAUACCAGCAUGGAUGGGAAACAUAACUUCCCUUCUCAUCCUGCAUCUGCGGUCAAACUUCUUAAGCAGUGAACUUCCUACACAACUAUGCCAUCUCUUGAAACUUCAUGUACUGGACCUUGCAGACAACAAUUUAUUAGGGUGGAUUCCCCAAUGUCUGGGAAAUUUAAGUGGAAUGAUCUCUGAUGUUCCUCCUGAAUUUGUCCACCUAUAUCAGGGGCAUGCGACGCUUGUAGCUAAGGGAAGAGAGCUUGAAUACAGCAGCACACUUUCACUGGUAAAGACCAUAGAUCUUUCAGCCAACAAUCUGACUGGUAAAGUGCCUGAAGAGAUAACCGGCCUUCUCAGAUUGGGCACCUUAAACUUAUCCAUGAAUCAUUUGACAGGAAGAAUCCCACCAAUGAUUGGAAGCCUGCGCUGGUUGGAAACACUUGAUCUCUCAAAAAACCAACUUUCUGGCACAAUUCCAUCGAGUUUAUCUAUGAUAUCAUCCUUGAGUCACUUGAACCUAUCUUAUAAUAACUUAACAGGGAAAAUUCCAUUAGGUAACCAGCUUCAAACCCUGAAUGACCCGUCCAUUUAUGAAGGAAAUCCAGGACUGUGUGGGGAUCCACUAAAAACCAAGUGUCCCGAGGAUGAUACGUCGAGUGAAAGCAGUGAAGAAGGCAAUGGUGAAAAUGAAAGGUUUGAUAUUCUAUGGUUUUAUUUUGGUGUGGCAUCUGGAUUCAUUGUGGGGUUCUGGGCAGUAUGUGGAGCAAUGCUACUAAAUAAGUCAUGGAGGCAAAAAUAUUUCAAAUUCAUUGAUGAAAGAAAAGAUAAAGCAUGUGUCUUCAUUGCAGUAACACUGGCUCAUUGGCAAGGAAGAAUGAAGUCUAUCAGGAACAGAGACAGACAAGCAACAUUCUCAACCACUUAGUCUCAGUACUCAAAUGUUGUAAGAUAAGUGCGAUUUCAGUAUUCAAAUAUUGUCAGCAAGGUAAAUGAAAAUGAUACGCAUUUUCAACAACGAACUGAACAGCAUUUACACA